AGGUGGGGGGUUCACCCCACUCCCGCGUCCCACCUCCACGCCCGGGGCCGUGGCCCCCACAUCACUGUGCAGCUCCCCGGCCCCAGCCGCGCCUCCGGGGAAGCCCGUUUUUAACCUUUCAUCCAUUGGGACUCAAAACUGAGACGCGUUCGCCAAACUGUGACCCCAGACCUUGGCGCCGCCACACAGAAACCCCUGACCCAGACUGUGACAUCCGACUCCUAAAAUGGUCAUCCGACUCCAGACUGUGACCCCUGACCCCAAACUGUGACCCGAACCCCAGACUGUGCCCCGACCAGACUGUGACCCUUGACAUCAAACCGUGACACCCCCUCCUCCUCUUCCACCCUCGGUCGCUUUUCCCUACUCUGACCUAGGACACGUCCCCAACGGAAGCCCCGCCUUCCCUUGCACCGCGAUGAACCCAACCUCCCUGAAGCCAAAACUUCCCACCCUGCCGCACCUCCGGACCACCCCACUUGCCACCAAGCACAUCCUCUCCAAAUCCAACCCUUAUUCGCGACCCUUCAGUGAUGACCCAGCAGACCUCCAAAAAGCCUCCUCUGCCCACAUCUCCAGCCGGGUCUGGGGCUGGGUUGCGGAGGGGAGGGUCUGGGAGUCCACACUUCUCCACCAACUUCCCUUCCCACUCUCUUAUUCCACAUUGCAGUGUUUGGAAUAAACCAUGUUUUUAUGCCUCCUCAGUCCAAGCCUAAGCUCCGUAUCUGUUAGCCCCCCUCAAAUUCUCUGGAGGAAACAGAAACACAAAAGUCCCACAGGGGAAGAGGAGACAGAAUUAGAGAGAGAACAGAGACUCUGAAAGGAGGUGCCUGGGGAGACAAAGACCAAGAAAGAGGAGGUGGGAAGAGACCCUGAAAAGAAAGUCGAGAGGGUACUGGGGCAGAUAGAGACCCCAAGAGAGUGGUGAGAUAGAUCCCGGAGACAAAACAUAUUAAGAUCAAAGGUAUGGUUUUAUUUCCUAUGGCUAUAGGUACCAAGGCUUGCUAGAUUCUCAAUAUCCUGUUCAUGCAAGCUAGGAGAGUGUCUGACAUAUCCCAGCCAAUCCGCAUUAUCUUGAAUGCUGUUAAUCUCACCAAUGAGAAUCUAUUUCUAACAUUUCAUUAUGUCAAUUAGCCAAACCGCUGGUGCUGAUGGGCGAUAAAGAGAGACGAAGCACGUGUAAUAGCUGCCUCCAGAGGGUGGACUUUCUGAUUAAGUGCUCGCUGACCAGAGCUGAAAUGUGAAUGUCUGGUUAGGCAAUUGACUGCCCCUAGAGGGUAGAUUGAACCGCCUAACUUACAGAUAAUAUCCAUCCUGUCUACAAGAAGGCAUUUUUGAAACAAAUGAUAAGCCAUCACAACAGAGAGAGGAAAAGAAACUGGCUUUAUGGGUCCUCGGGGAGUAGAAACUCAGUCUCCUUGCCAGUGAAAGAGCAAAUUUGCAUAUAUGAAUAAUUAAUUAAGUGGAAAGAACGCUCUCGGAAUCAAACUGGAAAAUGGGGAAAACAAGCCUCCCGUAGAACUACAACUCCCAGAAGGCCUUGCCACUACCGCGAGGAACAGCGCCCAAAGUCACGCGAAGAUGCAGUUUCUCCGUAUCCGCAGGCUUCUUUCGCUGGCGCCAUUACCUGAGUUCUCCUCCAGCGUUUCCGCACCCUCUCCGAUUAGCGGUCCCCGGAGUUUCCAAGGUAACCGCGCAGUAGGGCGGAUCUCAUUAGGCGGAAAGCGAAACCCGGAAGUGACGCUCUUACCGGGUGUCAGCAGCGAGAGGGUUUGAAGAUGGCGGCGCGCAAGGGUCGGCGGCGCACGUGUGAAACCGGGGAGCCCAUGGAAGCCGAGUCCGGCGACACAAGUUCCGAGGGCCCGGCCCAGGUCUACCUGCCCGGCCGGGGGCCGCCGCUACGCGAAGGGGAGGAGCUGGUCAUGGACGAGGAGGCCUAUGUGCUCUACCACCGAGCGCAGACUGGCGCCCCCUGUCUCAGCUUUGACAUAGUCCGGGAUCACCUGGGAGACAACCGGACAGAGCUUCCUCUUACACUUUACUUGUGUGCUGGGACCCAGGCUGAGAGCGCCCAGAGCAACAGACUGAUGAUGCUUCGGAUGCACAAUCUGCAUGGGACGAAGCCCCCACCCUCAGAGGGCAGUGAUGAAGAAGAAGAGGAGGAAGAUGAAGAGGAUGAAGAAGAGCGGAAACCUCAGCUGGAGCUGGCCAUGGUGCCCCACUAUGGUGGCAUCAACCGAGUUCGGGUGUCAUGGCUGGGUGAAGAGCCUGUGGCUGGGGUGUGGUCAGAGAAGGGCCAGGUGGAGGUGUUUGCGCUGCGGCGGCUUCUGCAGGUGGUGGAGGACCCCCAGGCCCUGGCAGCCUUCCUCCGGGAUGAGCAGGCCCAAAUGAAGCCCAUCUUCUCCUUCGCUGGACACAUGGGCGAGGGCUUUGCCCUUGACUGGUCCCCCCGGGUGACCGGUCGCCUGCUGACCGGUGACUGUCAAAAGAACAUCCACCUCUGGACACCUACGGACGGCGGCUCCUGGCACGUGGACCAGCGGCCAUUCGUGGGCCACACACGCUCUGUGGAGGACCUGCAGUGGUCACCGACUGAGAACACGGUGUUUGCCUCCUGCUCAGCUGACGCCUCCAUCCGCAUCUGGGACAUCCGGGCAGCCCCCAGCAAGGCCUGCAUGCUCACCACAGCCACCGCCCAUGAUGGGGACGUCAAUGUCAUCAGCUGGAGCCGCCGGGAGCCCUUCCUGCUCAGUGGCGGGGAUGAUGGGGCCCUCAAGAUCUGGGACCUUCGGCAGUUCAAGUCUGGUUCCCCAGUGGCCACCUUCAAGCAGCACGUGGCCCCCGUGACCUCCGUCGAGUGGCACCCCCAGGACAGCGGGGUCUUUGCAGCCUCGGGUGCAGACCACCAGAUCACACAGUGGGACCUGGCAGUGGAGCGGGACCCUGAGGCGGGCGACGUGGAGGCCGACCCCGGACUGGCCGACCUCCCGCAGCAGCUGCUGUUCGUGCACCAGGGCGAGACCGAGCUGAAGGAGCUGCACUGGCACCCGCAGUGCCCAGGGCUCCUGGUCAGCACGGCGCUGUCAGGCUUCACCAUCUUCCGCACCAUCAGCGUCUGAGGCGUCCCACUGGCUCUGAUCUUGCUUCCUGCUUGGAAACUGAAGUCGAAUUGGGCUCCCCUGGAAGGGGUUCAUUCAGGUCUGUUGACUGAGACUGGCCGGCCUGUGGGCUGCCGUGAUGGAUUCUGUUUGACGUAUUGUUCUCUAGAAGGCCUGGGUCUGAUCCAGUGACCCCUCUCACCAAAGAACUCGGUUUAACCAGGGCUCUGUAAGACCACUCCCACCCAGAGACUUGUGUGGCUUGGUGUGGCCUGUGUGUCGGAUUCCUUCCUGUCAGCUGUGACCCAUUUGACCUGUGUCCCCAGAACCCAGUUUUUUGUUUGUUUGUUUGAGACGGAGUCUUGGUCUGUCGCCCAGGCUGGAGUGCAGUAGCACGAUCUUGGCUCACUGCAACCUCCGCCUCCCGGGUUAAAGUGAUUCUCUCAGCUCAGUCUCCCAGGUAGCUGGGAUUACAGGCAUGUGCCACCACACCCCGUUAAUUUUUGUGUUUUUAGUAGAGACGGGGUUUCACCAUGUUGGCCAGGCUGGUCUCAAAUUCUUGAUCUCAAGUGAUCUGUCCGCCCCGGCCUCCCAGAGUGUUGGGUUGGGAUUACAGGCGUGAGCCACCGCGUCCGGCUCAGGACCCAGUUUUGGCUGCUGGUUCCCAGCAGGGGACUCGGGGGAUAUACAAUGGCUGCACCAAAUUUGAGGUGUGGGUUCCUCCAACACAAUUUGCUUCUGCCCGUUGUCUUCCUGCCAGCUGGGUUUGGCCAGGAUUUCUCCGUGUGGGGGCUACAUGCGACCCCCUCCCCUCCUCCCUGACUUUAGAGGCUGGUGCUGUGUCGGGAGGAAGGUCAGGGCUCCUGAGCAGCAAUAAAGGACCAGGAAGAGGCCUGAGGUGUA